GGAAUGCUAACUGCAUCACGUGACGUGAAGCGGCGACUGGAGCAGCUACACCAUGAGUCUGUAUGAGAGAGAGAGCGAGGAGAGCGCAGUCGCUGGCCCCUCAUUGGACUCGGAGGAUCAGCAGCAGCGAAUUGAAGCCAGAAGACUUCGCAUUGUGACUCGGAUUGAAGCCAAGAGAAGGGAGGCACUGGGGGAGGACCUAAAGAUCCUUAAAAAGAAGACAGAAGAGCCCAGGAAAAGCCAUAAGCAGACAGAGGACAGCAGACAGAGACUGGGCAAGCUUGUGAAUGAUGGCUCCCAGCUGGUGACCAAUAUCCAGAUAGCCACCGAUGCCAGAGAGACCCAGAGGCGGGGGGAGGAGGAGGAACUCAAGAGACUCAGGAGAGAGAAGCUGGACAAUGAGGCCAAGAGCAGCCUAGAGAAGUUUGAAGAGAUCACCAAGAGAUGGACAUUAGACAAAGCCAAGCAGGUCCCCCAGAAGAUGUGGGAGAUUCUGAAUACACAACAGCAGCAGUGCGCCCAGCUCAUCGAGGACAAGAAUAACCUCAUCAGUGACCUCCAGAAGGAGCUGCGGAGGAAAGACGACCAGUACGUGAAGGAUCUGAAGAAACAGGCGGAGGACAUAGACCUGCUGGUGGAGAGAAUGGAGGAGCAGAUUAAGAACUUAAUCAAGACCUACCGCCAGGAGCUCCUGCAGAUCGAGAAAGUCUUUGAGUUGGAACGGCGGGAGCUUUUAACAGCAAAUAGGAAUACAUGGGAGCAAGGGAUGCAAGGCCGAAGGGACAAGGAGCUCGAGAGCCUGAUGUCCCGGAUGAAGAAGGUGGAGGAGUAUGAGAAUCAACUGAAGCAGCUGAGGGUGCAGGAUGGGGAGGAAUAUAAUAUGAUCAAGAUCAAACUGGAGACUGAUGUUCAGAUCCUACAGCAACAGUUGCAGCAGAUGAAGGCCACGUACCAGCUGAACCAGGAGAAGCUCGAGUACAACUACCAAGUGCUGAAGAAGCGAGACGAGGAGAACACCAUCACUAAAUCCCAGCAGAAACGCAAGAUUACCCGGCUGCAGGAUGUGCUGAACAAUCUGAGGCUCAAGCAGGCCAAGCAAGUGAAACAGUAUAAAGAGGAGAACCAGUCCCUGAUGGACGACUAUAAGAGGAUAGUGGAGCAGUACAAAGAGUUACAGAAGAAGAUGAGGCAUUUCUCUGCUGUGGAUGCCAAGAUGUUUCAGGACAUCUGGCUAAUGAAUGAAGAGGAGAUGAAGCAGCUGGUCCAAAAGGCCCUGGAAGCUGAUCAAAUAAUUCAGGAGCAGCAGCUGGGGAUGUGCUGGGAGCCACCGGACCUUUGCUUCAUGGACAAUGUUGGGCCACUGCUGGGAAAGCUCAAGGACCAAAAGUCAGCGAUGAGCUUAGCGCAAGAAGUCAUGUCUUCUCAUGCACCCGGUGACCAGAGUUCAGCCAGCGAGGGAGAGACAGACGGACAACAGUGCCGGGAGAUCUCUGCAGAGACUGUUAAACACAUCCUGGAGUUACUCUGCGAUGAGUCUGGCUUCCUGAUAGAGAACAAACUCACACGGCUGUUGUCCCCCCUGGAGAGGGAUGAGAAGUCCCUCAUUAAACUGGACUCCAUUUUCGGGGCUCUUGGCGUGACAGUGGAGGAGGACGUGUACAAGUUGGUGGAGUUCCUGUGUAGGUACAAGAGAGAACCGCAGGAGGAAGGAGACGCAGGGGGGAGCCUGGAACCCGGGUCUAAAGCUCACGGACUAAUCUAUCCCAAUGAUGUUCUGAGAGCCGUCAAGGCUUUUGUUAUGGACUUCCAGAAACCCAGGGGGAAAGUGUCUCGUCUGAGGCUGAUGGAGGAAAGAGACAGCAGGGAGGACACAGAAUACUGGGCGGCAGCAGCAAAAGCCAUUCCUGAGUCACGACUUAGAGUGUGGGAUGCGCUGGAAUCUGCUUUGGAGAAAUAUUAUGAUGUUCUUGGCAGUCGGGGGCAGCUGAUAACAGAGACAGUGAGUCUGAGACAGCAGAACACGGAGCUACGGACUCUGCUCCACCAGUACCUCAACUCCAAAAUCAAUGUGGAACUGGAAAUCCCUCCAACCCAAAUGAUGCAAGGGGAGUAUCCUCACACGUGAUUGGACGUCUGCCGAAAAACCUGACCUAAACUGGCGCUUUUUGCCAGGUGAUCCUCUGACUUUCUCCAAUAAAUGAUGUUUGUUAUUAUAAAAAGGCUCCUGGGAUUGGCUUGUUAUCUGAUGCCUCCUGUAACCAUUGACCAAUGAGAAUGGGAAUACAGUCCAUGUGACUGCCGCUUUCUCUAAUGGUUGAAUUGAGAUCUCGCACAUAAAUCACAUGAGCCUUU